AUGAAGUCUAACAGUCAAGUCAAGAAUCAUGCCUUUAGUGGAGUCCCAUCUGAUAAUAUAAAUAGUGACAUAAGUCAUCUUACCUAAUAGAAAACACCCACUAAAUCCUUAUCUUAUUCGCAGUAAGCCACUGAGAAAUUGCACAAGAAAAAUUUCUCAGAGAACAAAAGUCAGCAUCACUUGAAUUAAAAUCCAUCAGAUAAGGCAUCUACACAUAUUGACGAUAUUCACCGUGAGAACUGCUCAACUGAUGAUAGCUAUGUUAAGAAUAGCCAUGUUAUCUCAAUAAUGACCUAGGUAAUCAGCAAGUUCGAUGGUAGAAUUAGGUUGAUAGAAGAGAACUAGAACAAAAUAGCGAACUCCCUAAGCAGGUUUUUAGAUAAAAUGAAUUCACUAUUGUUCAAAGAAAAUAAUGGGAAAAAGAACAGCGAUUUAGAUCAUGUUGCAUUAUAAAGAGGACUUUUUCCAAACUUUGCUGAAGAGCUUAUAGCCUCUGUAGGAAUGAUCCUUAAUACCUAAUCCCUAAUAGAGGUAGUGAAUAUUAUGCAGCAAAAACCACAAAAAAUAGAUUAAGAUAUUAUAAUAGGAGGAGGAGUCAUUGACUAAAAGUCCUAAACUCAAUAGAUUUAGCCUCUUACAAACAAUUAUAUGCAGUAUCCACUUCAAAUGGACAAUGACACUAGUCCUCUAAAUGUUGCUUAAUCUUUUAACUAACUUCCAUUCAAACAAAUACUCCAGGAAUAAAGUAAUAGCAAUCUUCAUCAGACUCCUUUAAGUAAGCAUAAUAGUAGUUCUGCUAGUGGAACCAAUAAAAAUGGGUUAAAUAGAAGUUAUACUACGAUUAAGUAGCUCAAUGAGGCACAUCCCUAUUCUGCUUAGAAUAGUAAUCACCUGCUAAGCGAGCAAACUGAAUCUAAAAAGGAUGAUAUCACAGAUGAUGGAAAAUCUUCUCCAAGAGAAGGCCCCUUUAUUCAAAACACCUUUUAAAAGGCAGCAAUCUAAAAACAUCAGCAAGUUACUCCUAUUGGUAAUAGGGAUAAAUCAUCUAAAUAAAAAAAUAACUUGCUAUCCCCAAGUGCUAAUCUUUCAACUUCAAAUUCCUAGGCAAGUUUUUAGAUUGGGGCCACAUCAUAGACUAGCAGAUAAACAACAACAUCUUAAGCUCAAGGAGCUAAUCAUAGAUAUGAUAAUAAGAGGUAAAGUGAAUUCGGCGGUAACUAACACACUCCUAUUAAUGUUCAAAUCGACUUCUAGAAUAGAGAAAAUAAAAAUAAUUAAGGAGCUAGAGUUAAGAUAGAUGAAAGGCAUAACGAUAAAUCAAAAACUAGAUAAGCUGUGCUUAGUUAGCCCUAGAUUUUGGCAACUAAAGAUAAAGAUAGUGCUAACCAGGCAAAUAACAAUAGACCUAAAUCAACUACUAGGCCAGCAUAACAAUAACAGAAUAACUUAAACAAAAAGUCAAUGGAUAAAAUGCCUGAAAAAUAGCCUCCCACUACAACCUAGAUGGCUACCUAAAAGACGAAUUCCAGAGUUAUAUAACAACAAUAAAACUAGUAAAGAUAGAAUAACACAAUAUUCAAGGGACAGACGACUGCUUAGAAAUAGAACACAUUGCAAAAUAAUAGAAGUCCAAGAGAUGAUGUAUCCUCCUAGUAUUCAUCAGUUCCUAAUACUAAAAGAGGGGGAAUUCAUAGUUCACCAAAGGCUGAAGUUAAUCAAGCUUUGAUUCAGCAACAAGACAAGUCAGCUAACAAGGUGCCGAAGAAGAAGACUCAAGUUGAAUCACACCCUAAUAUACUCUCUAAAAUCUAAACAUCAGACUUUGAAUUGUAAAAGCCUAGCAGAGCCUCUAUCUAUAACGGAAUAUUAGUAGAGGACUAAUCAAACUCAAAACCAAUAGUUCCAGCAAUAGGUUUUAAAGAUAUGACAGGUGACAUCUUAGAUUGCAUUCAAGAAAUGACUGGCGAGGAAUUCCCUUAAUUUGCCUUUUCAAAUAAACAGAUUCUUUCAAAUUACCUGGUUUACCAAAGUGAGAAUUUGUAGCUUUAAAAAGAAAUGAUUGAUGAUUAGAUAGAAGAACUUAGAGCUGAAUCUGGUGUAGAUGGCAAAUCAAACAAAGAGGAUUUACAGUUCUAUAUACCAGAGGAUUUAUUUGAAAAGUAAGACAUCCUGGAGGACUUAAAUGAAUGGGAGAAUUUAUUAAAAGAUCUACAAGCAAAUAAAAUAACAUUGAAGGAGAUAACUGUGCUUAGAAUCUAUUUUACCUUCUUGAACUUCAAAAACACCUCACCCCAGGAUUGUGAUAACAAAACUUUCCUCAAGAAUGUAACUGGAGUUAUCAAGAAAAAUAUGCAAGUAAUUGAUAAGCUGUGCAAACCAGAGCUCUACUUCAAGUUUAAUGAUGAGAUCAAGUAUAGAGCUAUGGAACUAAUGAUGAAAGUUGAUCUUAAUGAGCUUAUACAAGCAAAAUUCUCACCCUUAGUUGAAUCAAUGCUAUUUGUGGUAGUUGAAGCUGUUUAGCACUUAGAUAAUAUUAAAGCAUUGAAGGAAUCUUCAGGUGAAGAAGAAGACACUGAGAUCAAUACUCUAGAAUUCGUCAAAGAAAACUUCGCUGAGAAACUUGACUUAGUUAGGAUACUUUAAUGUAUCAUAAAGAACUGA